AACAGAGCAGAUCGGAUGGAUCCGUCGGCGGCGGCGUCGGCGUCGCUGGUGGUGCGGAGCCCGCGGCAGACGGUGAGCCUGCUGCGGAGCCGGCGGCCGCAGUUCGGGCGGCCGGAGCGGGAGCGGCAGCGGCAGCGGAACCCGAAGCGGGGGAGGGAGCCGGCGGCGGGGCCCAAGCCGUCGGAGGUGUACGGGUUCGUGGGGUCCAUCACCGUGGUGAUCGCGACGGCGGUGUACCUGGCGUGGGCCUACACGCCGGAGCCGGCGCUCCGGUCGCUGGGCAUCACCUACUACCCCACCAAGUACUGGGCGCUGGCCGUGCCGUCGCUCGCCAUGGUCGCCCUCGCGCUCUCCCUCCUCGCCUACCUCGGCUCCAACUUCGUCGCCACCCCUCCCCCCACCUCCUUCUCCGCCAUCUUCGAUGAGUACAGCCGCGAGCGCCCCGCCGCCGCCGUGCCGGUUGAUGCCGCGACGGCACAAGAAGAGGAGGAAGAAGAAGAAGCGGAGAGGCCGAUCGAGCCUAUUUCGGACAUCAGCAUCCAUCACAUCAACAACCUCAUGUUUGGUGAUCACUGACGACCCGCUCGCACCAAUUCAGCUCCAUUCCCCACCGUUGCGAUGAUUUUUCUGUAACUAUGGUAGCUGAUAGUGCAGUAGUGCUGUUCUUCUUACAGUGCUUGCUCACCAAAUUCUGUUAAAGAAAUGUUUGUCUUGUAAGCAUACUGUGAUUUUUCAGCAAGAAAGUUGUUGAGCUUCUUGAGUCUAUA